CUGGAAUAUGUGCUAUAAUUAAAAGAGAUAGCACAGUAGAAGAGAGUGCUAACCUCAUUAUGUCAAGCAAUGCAAUAACUAUUUUUCUCUUGUUUCUCAACAUCUCUCUUUUUCCAGCCAUCUCCGCAUUGAACCAAGAAGGCCACUCUCUACUUUCAUGGCUUUCAACUUUUAAUUCUUCUUUCUCAGCUAUUUUUUUCUCUUCUUGGGAUCCAACCCAUCAAAAUCCAUGCAAAUGGGAGUAUGUGAAGUGCUCUAAAGAUGGUUUUAUCUCAGAAAUAACAAUAACCUCCAUUAAGCUUCCUACCAGCUUCCCUACCCAGCUCUUGUCCUUUAAUCAUCUCACUACUCUUGUUAUUACCAAUGGCAAUCUCACAGGUGAAAUUCCAGCUUCCAUAGGAAACCUGCCUUCAUUGAUCAACUUGAACCUCAGUUUCAAUGCGUUAACAGGAAAUAUCCCAGCAGAAAUUGGCAAACUAUCAGAAUUGCAAUCACUUUCACUAAGUACAAAUCUUCUACAUGGGGAGAUUCCUGCAGAAAUAGGAAACUGUACGAAACUUAGACAGCUUGAACUGUUUGAUAAUGAGCUCUCUGGGCAUAUUCCUGCAGAAAUAGGUCAAUUAUUAGCUUUGGAAAGUUUUCGCGCUGGUGGAAACCCAGAAAUUCAUGGUGAAAUCCCAAUGCAGAUAUCAAACUGCAAACAGCUAGUUUACCUGGGUCUUGCAGACACUGGGAUUUCGGGACAGAUUCCGAGAAGUUUAGGGGAAUUGAAGUUUCUCAAGACUCUUUCAAUUUAUACGGCUAACCUCACUGGUGACAUCCCAGCAGAAAUUGGUAAUUGCUCAGCUUUAGAAGACCUAUUUCUAUAUGGAAAUCAACUUUCAGGCAAGAUUCCUGAAGAAUUGGCUUUGUUAAAAAACCUAAAAAGGUUGCUGUUAUGGCAGAACAAUCUAACUGGGACCAUUCCAGGAGUUUUAGGGAACUGUUCAGAUUUGAAAAUGAUUGAUCUCUCAAUGAAUGCUCUUACUGGUGUGAUUCCCGAGUCUCUAGCCAAAUUAGUACCAUUGGAGGAGCUUCUUUUGUCUUAUAAUUACCUUUCAGGAGAAAUACCACUUGUUCUUGGAAACCUUUCUCAUUUGAAGCAGCUUGAACUGGAUAACAACAGAUUCUCUGGUGAGAUUCCAACUACCAUUGGUCAACUGAAGGAGCUUUCAUUGUUUUAUGCCUGGCAGAACCACCUCCAUGGAAGCAUACCUGCAGAGCUAGCCAACUGUGAGAAACUUCAAGCAAUUGAUCUUUCACACAACUUCCUUACUGGGUCAGUUCCACAUUCUCUCUUUCAUCUCAAGAACUUAAACCAAUUGCUUCUGUUAUCAAAUGGACUUUCAGGUGAAAUUCCAUCUGACAUUGGCAACUGCAUUGGUUUGUACCGUUUGCGAUUAGGAUCAAAUAACUUCACUGGUCAAAUUCCACCAGAAAUAGGGUUACUACGCAACUUGAGCUUCCUCGAAUUGUCAGAUAAUCAAUUCACUGGAGAAAUUCCUCGUGAAAUCGGCCAUUGCACACAUCUAGAAAUGGUUGAUUUCCAUGGCAAUAGAGUCCAAGGCAUCAUCCCAACAACCUUUGAAUUCCUUGUUAAUCUAAAUGUUUUAGACCUUUCAAUGAACUCUUUAUCAGGCACCAUACCAGACAACUUGGGCAGGCUAACAUCCUUGAACAAACUGGUAAUUAGUGAAAACCAUAUUGCUGGUUUAAUUCCCAAGUCACUUGGCCUAUGUAAGGAUCUGCAGUUGUUAGAUAUGAGCAGCAACAGACUUAUCGGUUCAAUCCCAGACGAGAUUGGUCAAUUGCAAGGACUAGAUAUCCUCCUGAAUUUAAGUAGGAAUUUUUUAACAGGUUCAAUUCCACAAAGCUUUGCAAACUUCUCAAAACUUGCCAACUUAGAUCUCUCUCACAACAAACUCACAGGGACACUCACAGUAUUGGGCAGUCUGGACAAUCUCGUUUCGCUGAAUGUCUCAUACAACAAAUUUUCAGGAUUCCUUCCUGACACAAAGUUCUUCCACGAUCUUCCUGCCACAGCAUAUGCUGGUAAUAGAGAGCUCUGCAUUAACAGAAACAAGUGUUCCUUAACUGGAAAUAGCCAUAGAAAGAACACCCAAAAACUCAUCAUGUGUACUCUUCUCAGCUUAACUGUGACAAUGUUGGUUGUGCUUGUGGGAGUGCUUGUAUUUAUCAAAAUUCAUCGAGAUGCAUUUGAUAGGAAGGAUGAAGAAAACAUAUUGAGUUGGGAAUUGACCCCAUUUCAAAAGCUUAACUUUUCUGUCAGUGAUGUUGUAACAAGGCUCUCAGAUUCAAACAUCAUUGGAAAAGGUUGUUCAGGGAUGGUUUACCGCGUUGAGACACCAUUGAAACAGGUUAUUGCUGUAAAAAAGCUCUGGCCAGUAAAGAAUGGUGAGACUCCAGAGAGAGACUGGUUUGCUGCUGAAGUUAGAACUCUUGGAUCAAUAAGACAUAAGAAUAUAGUCAGGCUUCUGGGAUGUUGUAACAACGGAAAAACCAGAUUGCUUUUGUUCGACUAUAUCAGUAAUGGGAGUUUAGCUGGAUUGCUCCAUGAGAAGAAGCUAUUCUUGGACUGGGAUGCAAGAUACAAUAUCAUAUUAGGUGCAGCUCAUGGCCUGGAAUAUCUUCACCAUGAUUGUACUCCUCCAAUUGUACAUCGAGACAUCAAGGCGAAUAAUAUCCUGGUCGGACCGCACUUUGAAGCUUUUCUAGCAGAUUUUGGACUUGCAAAGCUUUUUGAUUCUGCAGAAUGUUCAAAAGCUUCUAAUACAGUUGCUGGUUCUUAUGGAUACAUUGCUCCCGAAUACGGAUACAGUUUCAGAAUCACUGAGAAGAGUGAUGUGUACAGCUAUGGUGUAGUUCUUCUAGAAGUGUUAACAGGGAAAGAACCAACCGAUAAUCAGAUUCCUGAAGGUGCCCACAUUGUCACGUGGGUUAACAAGGAAUUCCGAGAGAGAAAAAGAGAAUUCACAACAAUUCUAGACCAGCAGCUACUUCUUCGAUCAGGAACGCAACUUCAAGAAAUGCUUCAGGUGCUUGGAGUGGCCCUCCUCUGUGUGAACCCUUCCCCAGAGGAACGACCAACAAUGAAAGAUGUAACUGCACUGCUGAAGGAGAUCAGACAUGAAAAUGAAGAUUUUGAAAAAUCACAUUGCCUCAGCAAAGGAGAAGGCACUAAUCCAAAAACAGCACUUCACUCUUCUAGUUUCUCCAGAUCAUCUGAACCUCUAAUUAAAUCACCUUCCUGAAUCCAUAAAUCGACAAAAAGCUUGCAUAUUAGUUCAUUGAUUAUUUUUCAAGCAACAAAAUAAUAUUUGUAUAGAUCGAUAUAUGUUGUUGUUUUAGGAGUUGAGAUUCAAUUUCUUCUACACUAAUUCAAGUUUGGUUUCCGUCAG